AUGGCCUAUUCGGCGAAUGUAAAUCUGGUGCCAAAACUUUAUAAAUCUGUUAUUGAGGAUGUCAUCAACAAUGUGCAUGACUUUUUUCUUGAAGAGGGCAUUGAUGAUCAUGUUCUCAAGGAUUUAAAACAGCUUUGGGAGAACAAGCUUCUCCAAUCCAGAGCUAUGGAAGGCUUGUUCAGAGAGAAUAAUCACCAGCCAAUCAUGCUAGAACUUCAUCAGAAAACUCAAGCUUUACACCCGCCCCCAGCUUCUGCUGUGAUUCCUGCUGGUGGAAGUGUUCAGAAUUUUACAUCUGUGGAACCUAACUCUUCAGGAAUAUCAACUACUCUCGCAUUAUCCUCAGCCAUUAGUCUUCCGAUCCAGGUCCCUGCUGGCAUUACCUUGCAGACUGCUUCAGGUCAUAUGUAUAAGGUCAAUGUACCAGUUAUGGUAACCCAAGGUCCUGCUGGUCAGAAGUAUUUUCAGCAGCCUGUUCACCACAUCAUUCGCCAAGUUAACACAGUUACAGGACAGACGACACUCAUCCAGCAAAACUCUGGACAAACACAUGUCAUUCAACAGUCUUCCCAAGAUCAAACAUCUGUGACACAGCAAUCCAAUUCAGGUCAAGUUUCCUCACAUCAGCAUUUGUUGGCAAACCAGCCUUUUGAGGUUGCUGGCCAGUCCAUUCUGCACCAACCUGGCAUGUCACGAAAUGUAUAUGUUCAACAACAAGUUGCAUUGAAGCAAGUUGUUUUACAACAGUCUGGGAUGGCAGUACAAACGGGGCCUCACUUAAUUAUUCAGAGGCAACCCAUUGCAAAUACAGGAUCAAUAACUCAACAUAAAUUUGUAUCCACACAACCAGCAAAGCUACAGCAGUCUUUGGAAGAACAAGCAGCCUCAAGCCAGAUUCAACAUUCAGAGAGAAUUCCUAUAGCACGUGCACUCUUAUUUCAAAAUCAUUCGUCUGUGCAAAAUGAAGGGGAGAAUAUAUCACAGUGUGCUUCUGAUCGGUAUGCGGUUCAGCAGUUUGCACCCCAGGUAAAUGAGGCAAUGUUAAUGGUUAAAGCAGCCUCAGAGGAGCAACAUGUCAUGGGUGAAACAUUAUCCAUCCCACAGUUGGACGGGACCAAUGACACUUCCUCUGAUGAAGAAAUUGGUAAUCUACGAGAAGUGGAAGAAAAUGAUAUUUUUGGAAUUAUUGAUGCGGAAGACCUGAAAGCUCUUGAAGGUUAUGCUGAAGAUAAUAGUUCAAGUGAUGAGUCUUCCAGUGAUGACAGUGAUGAACAACCAAAUGGAGAAACUAGAGAAGAAGAUCCUUUAAAUUCAGGAGAUGAUGUGAGUGAACAGGAAGUGCCUGAUCUAUUUGAUACAGAAAAUGUGAUGGUUUGCCAGUAUGACAAGAUUCAUAGGAGUAAGAACAAAUGGAAAUUCUAUCUUAAGGAUGGAAUAAUGACCUACAAUGGGAGAGAUUAUGUGUUCUCUAAAGCCUUUGGGGAUGCAGAAUGGUAG